AUGUGCAGUACCCUUGCAGGCCCCGUCGUCGCCGGCGGUCACUUUGCGAUAAGCUCGACCGCCCACGAGGACUCGAAGCUCAGCGACACCUUGCCGCUGGACGACGAAGACGACGACCUGCCCGACUUUCCCGACGCCACGUCCUCCUCAAGCUCCUCGUCCGACGAGCCGCCCAUCGAAGACCGCCUUCUCAAGCCGAUGCCUGUCCUCGCCGUGUGCCCGAUGGCCGACGCCCACACGAUGCUGCUCGACAAGCCGUCGAUGCUCGGCGCCGUCCAGAUCAACAUGCCGCCGCUGCCGCUCAACAUGCACUCGCCGCCGCCGCAAAACAUGAUUCUCAAGCGCGACCCGCUCGCGAUCCGCCAGCAGUACUGGAGCCAGCUUGGCAUCAACCUCUCGGUGCGCGACCUCGAGCGCUCGACGGGCCGCCGGCGCAUCAACCGCGAAGGCAUCAAGGUCAAGCUCAACGACGUCAACAUCAAGCCCAAGUCCAAGAGCUUUUUCAAAGCCUUCUCGCGCUGGGUGCGCAACGACUCGCGCGACAGCGACAUCUCGGAGGCCGCGGUCGAAGAAGCGAUUGCGACCGCCGAGUCGCCCAUGUCGUCGUCGUCCUCCUCCGACUCGGAGACCGAGGCGACGCCGCCGAAAGAGUCGUCGAUCUGGAUGCUGCAACAAGGGCGGUUAACACCGCCCCGGACGUCGCCGCUCGACGCGCCCACCGAGAAGAAGCAGAUCAAGUUCAACGAAGAGGCCGUCAUGUAUCACAUCCCGCUCCACCGCGAGCUCUCUCGGCGGCAACGCGACGCGAUGUGGUACACGCGCGAAGAGUUCAUUUCGAUGGUCGAGCGCAACCUCGACGAGAUGUACGACGAAAUGGAGCGCGAGUACGAAGAGCAGGUCAAGAUGGAAGCCACCGAGAACGACAUGAUGGCGGCCGAAGAGGCGUAUCAGCGCCGCGUCGCGGUCGAGCUCCAGAAGCAGACCGAGACGAUGCUGCAGCAACAGCUGCGAGCAGCCGCGCUCCUCCAGCAGCAAGCGCAGCUCGUCAAAGUGGCGCCGCGUGGCUCCAAGGAAAUCCGAUUCAAAUACCUCAAGCACCUCGGCAUCCACAACAACUAACUACUAUCAUCCCUACUAUAAUACUCUAUCUAUAAUCUAAAUCCACAUUCAGGUGUACA